CCAAUAAAAACCCUUGUAUUUGGACCGGGAAAAAAGCCCGGUUUUUGGAGAUCCAUUCGUCCUCGCACGUCCUUCACUGUGAAGGUGUAUUUUAGUGUUAUCAAAGAAAGUAUAUCUUUGGCGUUAUGGACAUGGAAAUUCGAGACGCUGAAUUCAUUGAAAAUUCCGAAGAAAUACCGGAUGAUGACGAGUGCCCAUGGCCGCACCUGGAGGAGCUGUUCACAUACAGAGGAAGGAAAGGAGACAGCGUGCAAAUGCAAUGCAAACUUUGUUUGCCAUCUGCAGUGAUUUCAGCUUACAAGACUUCAGCCUCUAAUCUCAAAAAACACAUUAUGAGGAAACAUCCAUCAAAGAUUGAUCAGUACAAUGACAUUGUGACAGCAGCAGCACGUAGUCAACGUAAGACCACAGCCACACCAAACAAGCUCUCAUCAAGUAAGCAAGCCAAGUUACCAGAUGUGAUGUUGGCAGCUGCAAGCAAACGUGUCCCUCAAACAACUGUUGACAAGCUAAUCAUCAAUUUUAUAUGUGAAAGUGUACAGCCAUUUACAGUGGUAGAACAGCCAGCUUUCAAAGAAUUAAUUACCACACUGCAACCUCAAGCCAAAGUCAUCUCCAGAUCCACCGUCCGUACCAGAAUCUGUGAUGCUGCUGACGACAUGAAGAAGACUUUGAUUGCAGAAUUGGGUAAACCCAAAUUUGUUGCAACCACCACAGAUUAUGCCGUCAUUAAUUUCUUCAUGGCUCGCACAGAAAAGAUCCGACAGGUGGGCUUUGACUCGCGUCUGGCUCGGGUUGGACAUUUAGCAUUUUUAAUUGAUGGGCUCAGCUCCCUCCAUGUGGACUCCUGUGAUGAUAUUAUUAUCAGUCAUGUAUCGAAGAUCAAGGCGAUGUUGCCAUGGGGGCAGUCUGAGACUGACAAGGCCUAUUCCAAGUUCCGUUAUUGGGAGACCUGUUAA